AUUUGAAGCUACAAAAACGGCUCCCAUGUUGUCACUUUCGCUUACUCGGAACCCCCAUCUGGAACAGGACACAUGGUGAUCGGUAAAUAUUAGUCUUCCAUGAUCGUUGUCGAUCAUCAUUCCAUCGCGACGAUACGAAAUCCGUUCAACUUCUUAGCAAUCACUGUUAUUACGCUUUGACUGAACGAUUUGAUCCGUCCGUAUAAAGUAUGUGAAAAACAGAGCAAUCCAUUGUUUAAUUCUGCCAUUAAAUUCGUAACCUCUUUUUAUUCUUCAUUUCCCGUCUGUUGCCUCGCCGUGCACAUUCACCGAUCGCACCGGUUGCACUUAAAAAGGAAACACACUACAUCAAUUUAAAAAAUUUACCCUUCUUUCUACAUCAGAAAGUCCAGAUGAUUCGUGGCUCUUUUAUAUGCGCAGGGAUGUUGGGUUAGAAAAGUUUUUGAAUUUUCUAUUUCUUGUCGAUAUUCCCAUGUGCGUGUUUGAUUUUCAUGGCAUGGGCCAGGAUUACUUCCCUAAAAAGUGUGCAUGUUUGCAAUGUGAGUGUUGGAUCCGAUUUUGUAAUGUGCGGGGGACGUGUGAAGUGAAGCACACAAGGUGUUUGUGAAAUUGUCUCAGUGAACAAAUCUGCAUUUUUUUUUCUCAUCUCUGGCAAAAUGCAGUUGAGGAUAGUGGCAAUGGAGGAAGGGAAAGCACCCACCAUCAACUCAAUCAGAGUAACAAAUCAAUCCAGGUGUUUCCCUAUGAGAUUACUAGGAUUCAUGUUAUUGUUUAUAGGUAUUUGCAUUGGCUUUUCAAUCAUAAAUAUGUUCAAGAUCCGAUAUCUAGGCACUCAGAAUAUAAUUUCAGGAGCACAGACCUUAAUACAGUCUUGUUUUCAAGAAUCCAAUAGUUUACAGAACUGGAUUGAGCCUCCAUCAACUUAUAUGCACACAUUGGAUGAUAGUGAGCUAUUCUGGAGAGCUUCAUUUGUUCCUCAGAUCAAAGACUACCCUUUUAAAAGAUCUCCAAAGAUUGCAUUCAUGUUCUUGACAAGAGGACCUUUACCAUUGGCACCACUAUGGGAGAGGUUUUUCAAAGGGAAUGAAGAAUUUUAUACCAUUUAUGUCCACACAAUGCCUUCAUAUCGUGCAAACUUUUCAACCUCUUCAGUCUUCUAUCAGAAACAAGUUCCUAGUCAGGUGGUGGAAUGGGGAAUGAUGAGUAUGUGUGAUGCAGAAAGAAGACUUCUAGCCAAUGCAUUGUUAGACAUCUCAAACGAGUGGUUUGUUCUAUUAUCAGAAGCCUGCAUUCCUCUUCAGAAAUUCAGCAUUAUCUAUCACUACAUAUCAAGAUCUAGAUUCAGUUUCAUGGGUGCAUUUGAUGAGCCUGGGCCUUAUGGUAGGGGCAGAUAUGAUGAUAAAAUGUUACCUGAGGUCAACAUUGACCAAUGGCGAAAAGGGUCUCAAUGGUUUGAAGCUAAUAGGAAACUAGCAGUUGAUAUCAUAAAAGAUCUCAAAUAUUAUCCCAAAUUCGAGCAGUUUUGCACACCAGAUUGUUAUGUUGAUGAACAUUAUUUCCCAACAAUGCUGACUAUUGAGAGUCCAUAUUUAUUGGCGAAUAGGACACUUACAUAUGUUGACUGGUCAAGGGGUGGUGCUCAUCCUGCUACUUUUGGGAAGAAUGAUGUGACAUUGGAAUUUUUCAGGAAAAUUCAGCAACACCAUACAUGUGUUUAUAAUAACCAGCCAACUUCAGUUUGCUUCCUUUUUGCAAGAAAGUUUGCUCCUAAUGCUCUGGAUAUACUACUGCAGAACUCUGCACAGUUUUUUGGCUACUGAUUUCAGGUUAUUUCUCAUCUUUAUUUCAAUAAGUAGAUCACUAAUGGCAGCAUGGAUCAUGGUUUUAUCAUUUAUGAUUGGGUGGGUGUUUGGUGUGCAUUUUUGAAGCAGAAUUAGAUGUUCAAAGCUAGGGACAGUUAGGUAAUCUUACAUUUGUUCUGAUUAUCUGUUUUCUUAUAGCAACUCCUAAAUUGAUUGUUCGAAUCUGGUUAUUUUGAUUAGAAACUCAGAAUCCUCAUCAGUUUAGGCAAAGAAUUUGUUCAUUAUUCUGACUUCAAAUCAUGAUAAUCAGUUUUAAGAGCUUGUAACUCUUUGCAUGAAAGUCAGUUUACAGCACUUCAAUUGCAUACCAAAUGGGAUAUGUUGUUCACAGCAAAGAAGCAUUAAAGUAUAUACUUAAAUGGGUCAUGGUUGAUCUAGUAGUAUGAUAUGGUGUUGGGAUGUUUUCAAAGUAUUUUUGUGAUUUAAAGUAGAAUCAGAUAUUUAAAGUAUAUACUUAAAUGUUACAUCGACCUCAAGAACCCAUUUUCUUAGGUUACCCCCUAUCACACAACAUCUUCUAUCUCCUCUAAGUUUACAUAUCACAACUUAUAUCAAUUACACUCUCUAGCUCAUGCCCCUUUCCACUCUUGGUAGUCUCUUGCAAUGCCCACUCUUCUUUUACCUAAGACCUCUGCCAUUUCCAAUAACUUCACACUCAAAGACCCUACACUUUGGGGUACAUAAUUGUAACUUA